CUCUCAGCAGUUCAUCAACAGCUUAGAGAAUCACAUUCCCACAACCACCACUGCCGCUGAGAUCAAAUGGCACGCAGAGGGAUCGAGCUGGGUCUGGCCCUAGUCCUCAUGGCCAUGCUUUACGUGCAAGCCUCAGCUCAGACAAGCUGCACGCCUGCGAUCGCGAGCCUCUCCCCUUGCCUCGGCUUCAUUACCGGGAACUCGUCCACCCCAUCAUCCUCAUGCUGCUCCCUACUGGCCGGCGUCGUCCAAACCCAAGCUCCGUGCCUGUGCGCAGUCUUGAACGGUGCCGCCGCCCAACAACUUGGAACCAUCAUCAACCAAACCCAGGCUCUUAACCUCCCCAACGUCUGCAAUAUCCAGACCCCCUCAAUUAGCAGCUGCAAUGCUCUCUCUAGGCCGGCAGCUGCACCAACUUCUCAAGUUUCUCCAUCGGCACCGUCCGUCCCCGAUGCUUCUUCUCCAACUGCAGCAUUGACACCAUCAGUCCCGGAUGCUUUAUCCCCUGGCACACCAUCAACUCCUUCAGUCUCAAGCAUUCCUUCAGGGACUGGAUCAAAGACUGUUCCUACGACCGGUCAGUCAUCAGCAGCUACAAGCUCUGCCAAGGCGACCCCUGCAUUCCUCUUCUUUCUUCUACUUGUGGGAUCUUAUGCUUCAACUUUCUCCACCUCCUAAGUUUGGAUGCUUGAUUCAGCACUUCAUAGAUUAUUUACAUCCAUGUGCCAUGCAUUCAUGUGUGAGCUAUCGUAUUUUCUACUUUGUUGUCCUACUCAGGCAGAGUUCCUCUGGGAGAUUGCAAGUGGAUUCUUUGCCACUCUGUAGCGGUCGCUUAGAUGGAUUGUUUGUAUUUGUUUAUAUUUUAUAUGAUUGAAAUUGAAAUGAUUGUUUUUUGAGA